AGCUGCUUCCCGGCGGAGAAAGAUGGCGGCUCCCUGUGUCCUCCUGUCAUCGGUCACACGGCUCCUCCGUCCUGCGCUGGGGAUAGCGGGAUGGCGGGGAGCCCCGGGCGUGCAGAGCCGAGCAAUGCGGCAGCUGACUGAAGUGAAAGACGGGAAGGUGACGACGAUUGAAGGGCGAAUCCUUGAAGAGAAGCCGUCCAUGUCCCCCCCGAAUCCUGAGGGGCAGUGUCCGAUCUGCAGGUGGAACCUCAAACACAAGUACGACUACAUGGACGUCCUUGUUCUCGGCCAGUUCAUCCGCUCUGACGGCGGUAUGUUAUCGCGCAAGGUGACGGGACUGUGCUCAGAGGAGCACAAGAAGGUGCAGGCCUGUGUAAAGAUGGCGCAUCGAGCAGGACUUCUUCCAGACCACAGGCCCAAAUUGCCAGAAGGAAAGAAACCCAAAGACAAAUUUCAUCUGAACAGGUACCUCACUUUGUGGUCCGUGGCCACCGCCAAACCCAUUCUGAGGAAGGGACUGAAAUGGAGUAAGGUGAAGAUGCCGGUCGGGGACCCCAUAAUGAAGGAUAACGUGCGGUACAGCCGUAGACCGCUCUUCUUCAGACAGUGACCUCUGAUAAAUGUCUGGUCUGUAUCUACAGCUGCGUUCACACGGAGGGUGAAGAAUGGCGCGGUAUUAUUUAAUGUCGGUUUUCUGUUCAUACAUUACAAUAAACCAGGAUUGUACAGA